CCGGAAGUGACAUACAUGUUCCGGGGCGCGCUGCCAUCGCACCGUGGAGCCGGAGCUGUCUUUGUUUAACCUGAUUAACCGAUAAAAUAUCGAUUUUUAAAGGAACAUGUACGACCAGGACGAAGAUAACCAGUACGAUGAGGAUGAUGAUGAAAUCACUCCAGAUCUGUGGCAGGAAGCGUGCUGGAUCGUCAUCAGCUCUUAUUUUGACGAGAAGGGUCUGGUCCGGCAGCAGCUGGACUCAUUUGAUGAGUUCAUCCAGAUGUCUGUCCAGAGGAUCGUGGAGGACGCCCCACCCAUAGACCUGCAGGCUGAAGCUCAGCACACGUCUGGAGAGGUGGAGGAUCCGCCUCGUUACCUCCUCAAGUUUGAGCAGAUCUACCUGUCCAAGCCCACGCACUGGGAACGGGAUGGAGCACCGUCCCCCAUGAUGCCCAAUGAGGCCCGACUACGAAACCUCACGUACUCAGCACCGUUGUAUGUCGACAUCACAAAGACGAUCACAAAGGAGGGCGAGGACCAGCUCCAGACCCAGCAUCAGAAGACUUUCAUCGGGAAAAUUCCCAUCAUGCUUCGCUCCACCUACUGUCUGCUGAGCGGGCUGACAGACAGAGACCUGUGUGAGCUGAACGAGUGUCCGCUGGACCCUGGAGGGUACUUCAUUAUCAAUGGCUCAGAGAAGGUCCUCAUUGCUCAGGAAAAAAUGGCCACUAACACAGUCUAUGUGUUCGCCAAGAAGGACUCCAAGUACGCCUACACGGGAGAGUGCCGCUCCUGUUUGGAGAACUCUUCUCGUCCCACCAGCACCAUCUGGGUCAGCAUGAUGGCCCGUGGAGGACAGGGCGUGAAGAAGAGUGCCAUUGGUCAGAGGAUCGUCUCAACGCUGCCAUACAUCAGACAGGAAGUUCCCAUUAUUAUCGUGUUCAGAGCGCUGGGCUUCGUGUCUGACAGAGACAUCCUGGAACACAUCAUCUACGACUUUGACGACCCUGAGAUGAUGGAGAUGAAAUACGCCAAAGAAGUUUUACAGAAAGAAAUGCUGCCUCACGUUGGAGUGAGCGACUUCUGUGAGACCAAGAAGGCAUACUUCUCAGGGUACAUGGUGCACAGGUUGCUGCUUGCCGCCCUCGGCAGACGGGAGCUCGACGACAGAGAUCACUACGGCAACAAGAGACUUGACCUGGCAGGGCCACUGUUGGCCUUCCUGUUUAGGGGGAUGUUCAAGAACCUUCUGAAGGAGAUCAGGAUUUACGCUCAGAAGUUCAUUGACCGGGGGAAGGACUUCAACCUGGAGCUUGCCAUCAAAACACGAAUCAUCUCCGAUGGACUCAAAUACUCACUCGCCACGGGGAACUGGGGCGACGUCAAAAAGGCCCACCAGGCCCGAGCAGGCGUGUCCCAGGUGUUGAACCGUCUCACCUUUGCCUCCACGCUGUCUCACCUUCGUCGAGUCAACUCUCCUAUCGGCAGAGAUGGAAAACUGGCCAAGCCUCGGCAGCUACAUAACACGCUGUGGGGGAUGGUGUGCCCAGCCGAGACGCCUGAGGGUCACGCUGUGGGUCUGGUGAAGAACCUGGCCCUCAUGGCCUACAUCUCUGUAGGCUCUCAGCCGUCCCCCAUCCUGGAGUUUUUGGAAGAGUGGAGCAUGGAGAACCUGGAGGAGAUCUCACCGGCCGCCAUCGCAGAUGCCACUAAGAUUUUCGUGAAUGGCUGCUGGGUGGGAAUCCACAAAGAUCCUGAGCAGCUCAUGAACACUCUGAGGAAACUCCGCAGACAGAUGGACAUCAUCGUGUCCGAGGUGUCAAUGAUCCGAGACAUCAGAGAGCGAGAGAUUAGAAUCUACACGGACGCUGGCCGAAUCUGUAGACCGCUGCUGAUUGUGGAGAAACAAAAACUACUGCUGAAGAGGAGGCACAUCGACCAGCUGAAGGAGCGCGAGUACAACAACUACAGCUGGCAGGACCUGGUGGCGAGUGGUGUGGUCGAGUACAUUGACACUCUGGAGGAGGAAACAGUGAUGCUCGCCAUGACUCCUGAUGACCUGCAGGAGAAGGGCGUCGCCUACUGCUCUACCUACACCCAUUGUGAGAUCCACCCAUCAAUGAUCCUCGGAGUGUGUGCGUCAAUCAUCCCCUUCCCUGACCACAACCAGUCUCCCAGGAACACGUACCAGUCUGCCAUGGGCAAACAGGCCAUGGGGGUCUACAUCACAAACUUCCACGUUCGGAUGGACACCCUGGCCCACGUGUUGUACUACCCUCAGAAACCGCUCGUCACCACCCGAUCAAUGGAGUACCUGCGCUUUAGAGAGCUGCCAGCAGGUAUCAACUCCAUUGUCGCCAUCGCCUCGUACACCGGCUACAACCAGGAGGACUCUGUGAUUAUGAACCGCUCAGCGGUGGAUCGAGGAUUCUUCAGGUCCGUGUUUUAUCGGUCAUACAAAGAGCAAGAAUCCAAGAAAGGAUUCGAUCAGGAGGAAAUCUUUGAGAAGCCAACUCGGGAAACCUGUUCAGGUAUGAGACAUGCGAUCUAUGACAAGCUGGAUGAUGACGGGCUAAUCGCACCUGGCGUAAGAGUCUCAGGUGAGGACGUGAUCAUCGGGAAGACGGUGACACUGCCCGAGAACGACGAUGAGCUUGACAGCACCAACCGCCGUUACACCAAGAGAGACUGCAGCACCUUUCUUAGAACCAGCGAGACUGGAAUCGUGGACCAGGUGAUGGUGACUCUGAACCAGGAGGGCUACAAGUUCUGCAAGAUCCGGGUACGUUCUGUCCGGAUCCCUCAGAUUGGAGAUAAAUUUGCCAGCCGACACGGACAGAAAGGAACCUGUGGAAUACAGUAUAGACAGGAGGAUAUGCCGUUUACCUGUGAGGGAAUCACACCUGACAUUAUCAUCAACCCUCACGCCAUCCCAUCAAGAAUGACGGUUGGCCAUCUUAUCGAGUGCCUGCAGGGCAAGGUUUCGGCUAACAAAGGUGAGAUCGGUGACGCCACACCGUUUAACGACGCCGUCAAUGUGCAGAAAGUGUCGAACCUGCUGUCCGAGUACGGAUACCACCUGAGAGGAAAUGAGGUGUUGUAUAACGGCUUCACGGGGAGGAAACUGACGUCUCAGAUCUUCAUCGGACCAACAUAUUAUCAGCGCCUGAAGCACAUGGUGGAUGACAAGAUCCACUCCAGGGCCCGGGGCCCCGUCCAGAUCCUCAACAGACAGCCUAUGGAGGGCCGAUCCCGUGAUGGCGGGCUGCGUUUUGGGGAGAUGGAGCGUGAUUGUCAGAUUGCUCACGGAGCCGCUCAGUUCCUCAGAGAGCGUCUGUUUGAGGCGUCUGACCCCUACCAGGUUCACGUGUGCAACCUGUGCGGCCUCAUGGCCAUCGCCAACACACGGACCCACACCUACGAGUGUCGAGGCUGCCGCAACAAAACCCAGAUCUCGCUCGUCAGGAUGCCGUACGCCUGUAAGCUUCUUUUCCAGGAGUUGAUGUCAAUGAGCAUUGCCCCUCGAAUGAUGACAUCAUAGUGUGUUUCAGCCAACCAGACGUCUCACACCUUCAUAGUGACAUCAUCAACAGGAAUUCAAAGAAGUUUGACGUUUUUAGUUUCAUGUUUAUUUUUUCUUACUGUCUAAUAAAGUAGAUUUCAUUGUCA